GAAAGUACUGAAAUAUUAAAGAGAUUUGAGUCUGGUAUGGCUUCAUUGAGCAACUUUGACACCAAUGCAGUCCUUAAUACUUUUGACUUUUCCAAGUUCCAAAGCAUCUGUGAUGUUGGAGCAGGUCCAGGAACACUUUUGAAAGCUAUUUUAAAGAAGCAUCCACAAAUUCGAGGUGUUAUUGCAGAUUUGCCUCAAGUCAUAGAACAAGCCGAGCCAUGUGAUUUCUUCCAAGGUGUUCCUCGCAAUCAUGAUCUUUAUAUAAUGAAGCAUGUCUUACAUGAUUGGGAUGAUAAUAAGGGAAUACAAAUUUUAAAGACUGUGAAGGAAUGUAGUCCUUCGCAUGCAAAGUUAAUGCUUUUGGAAUAUGUUGUUCCAGGUUCUAAUAUCACAUCCAGUGGAAAGCUCUUUGAUCUUCACAUGGGAAUUGUAAACAACGGUAAAGAACGUACAGAAGAAGAAUGGAAGAACAUGCUCGUCGCUGGAGGUUGGAAUUAUCUUGGAUAUGAAAAUACUAAAGGGAUCAUUAGUGUCAUUUUAGCAAGCAAAGAUUAGAAUAUUGCUAACAUUUUUUUGUUUCUUUCAUUUGUGUGAUAGCUUUUAGAAUACGAUUAUUGUUUUUGGAGUUAUAAACGGUCUUUGACUUAC